CACAGCAGCGGCUUCUGGGCAUUGGCCUCUUUCUGCUCAAGCUCUUCUAUGUGCUUGGGGGUGGUACAAGCUUUUAAAAGUCCCAGGCAGUGGUCAGACCACGCACACUCUCCUGGCAUCCCCAUCCUCUCUCAGGACUUAUGGUGCCAGAGCGGUUAUCGCAGGAGUUUUGAUGCUGCUGUGGACUGUCCAUCGAGCCCUGCUUUCUGAGCCUCCCAUGUCCACCCUGUUCCUGUCCAGGUUCCUGGCUGUCACAUUUCUGCACGAUGGUGAACAAGUUUGUUUUUCUGAUUCUCAUAACAAGAAAAGGUUAAGACUAAACUAUCUAAUCUUCAACCCCAUCCAAGAUCUGAGGAGGAGAAACGUUGCCUGAAUAAAAGGAAAAUCAGAGUAAACAGCUUCCAAAUCUAAAGAAAUGACAGAAAUUGUUGGCUAACCUGGGAGUCAGUCAGCAAAUAUUCCUGUGUCACUGUGGCAUCCACCUUCAACACACUGGGCCAGGAGCUCUAACAAUAAUCCUUUGAAGCAGGUCACUUGAAGGACUAUCCUAUUUUUUUUUUCCAAAAACUGGGACAACAGACUUCCCCAUGAUCAACUUCUGCACAGUCUGGACAGCUUUCUGGCAGCAGUAGAGGUGAUCCUGUCCACCUAAUACAGCACAUCAUGUGGAAUAACAAAAGCCACCUGCAGGAGCUGUGGUGAUGACUCACAGGUUAGAGGAUCUGCUGCUCUCUCAGAAGAACCACAUGGACCCUAACAAUUGGGUGCUUCCUACACAAGAAGUCACAUGACCACAGAGUAUUAUUUGUCAAAGAACCAAGAACUUGUUCAAAACUCUACAUAGCAUCCAAUCUAUCACGUGGAUAUGCAGUAAUGAGACCUGUCUUGGUGAGAAGAGCUUCUUUUUGCAGUGAGCAGCAGUCGGUGAGGACUCAUGACUGGCCAACAUGCUGAGAAUAACUGACCAAACUUCAUUUACAUGGAACCACACAACCACACGGGGAUUCCAGAAUUUUACCUGUUGGGACUUUCAGAGAAUCCAGAGAUUCAGCCUGUUCUUUUUGGACUGUUUUUGUCUUUAUACUUGGUGACCGUCUUUGGGAACCUGCUCAUCAUCCUGGCCAUUGUCUCUGACCCUAAGCUGCACACACCAAUGUAUUUAUUCCUCUCUAACUUAUCUUUCUCUGACAUCUGUUUCACCUCUACCACUGUCCCAAAGAUGCUGCUGGACAUCCAGACUCAGAGUAAGCUCAUCACCUACGCAGGCUGCAUCACACAGAUGUACUUCUUCACUGUCUUUGGACUUCUGGACAACUUGCUUCUGACUGUGAUGGCAUAUGACCGCUUUGUGGCCAUCUGCCACCCCCUGCACUAUACAGUCCUCAUGAACCCUAAGCUCUGCUCUCAGCUAGUUCUCCUGGCAUGGCUCAUAAGCAUACUUGGAGCCCUACCUGAGAGUUUAACCGCACUGAGCCUGUCUUUCUGUGCCGUCGUGGAAAUCCCACACUAUUUUUGUGAACUUCCUGAAGUUCUUAAGCUAGCCUGCUCUGACACCUUCAUCAACAACAUCGUGUUGUAUGUUGUAACAGGCAUCAUGGGCUUUUUUCCUCUUGCUGGGAUACUUUUCUCUUAUUCUCAAAUUGUGACAUCUGUCUUGCAGAUUUCAACAGUGGGAGGAAAGUAUAAAGCAUUUUCCACCUGCGGCUCCCAUCUCUCAGUCGUGUCUCUGUUCUAUGGAACAUGCCUUGGAGUGUACCUCAGUUCUACAUGGACACAGGCUUCUUGGGCAGGAGUGUUUGCUUCUGUUCUGUAUACUGUGGUCACUCCCAUGAUGAACCCUUUCAUCUACAGCCUGAGGAACAGGGACAUGAAGAGAGCCCUGAAUACACUACUAUGUAGUGUGUCAUUCUCACCUUGAAAGUAGUUUUUAAAAAAUGUGUAUGUGUUUAAGUGUAUGUGAGAAGGUGCGUGUAUGUGCAUGCGCGCGCGCGCGCGCGCGUGUGUGUGUGUGUGUGUGUGUGUGUGUGUGUGUGUGUGUGUGUGUGUGUUUAGAACAGAGGACAACUCCGGGUGUUCCUCUUCAAGAUGACCAUCAACCUUAUUUUUGGAGACAGAGUCCCCCUGGGGGCUUCUUGAGGCUUGGUGCUCACUGCUUCAGUUCGGGUAGUUAGCCAGUGAAAUUCUAGGAUUUUCUGUCUCCGCCUGCCCUACAUUGGGAUUAUAAAUGUGCAUCAUGCUGAUUUCUUUCUACAUGGAUUCUAUGGGUUAAAUUUGGGUGCUCAUGCUUACAUGACAAGCACUUCUGAAAGUUGAGAUAUCUUUGUCUUUGUUGACUGUGUGUUUUGACCUUGUGGACACAUUUGAUCAGGAACAGUGAGUGGGACACAAUGUUCAAUAGAUUGGGAUCUAAGACUUCCUAACUAUAUUUACACUCAAAUGCUUUGCUUACUGUGUUUAUUAGCAAUUUGUAAAUGUUGUUUUCUGAAGUGUUUUCAAGUCCUUGCCUGAGUUUUAAGUUUUCUUAUUUUCAAUCUGGAGGAGCAUUAAAUUCUGUAUUAUA